UGGUGUAUAUAGCUUUUGAGUGAGCGUUGUGAUUGUGCUUACGGUUCCGUUUGAACCAAACAGUAUCCGUAAAGAUAAGAAAGGGAAGAAGAAAGAAAGAGAGAGGGAAACGGUGGUACCUUUUUGCGAUUUUCUUUGUGGGGGUUUUUUAAUUUUUUGAAAAAGAAAUUAAUGGUAUAUUACUGUGACGCCAAAAAGGAUUUGGCUUUGGCAUGCAAGUUGGGUUACAAUAAAGAGGAAGGGAGAGCGUCCGAGGAAGAAAGCAGAGCCACUAAACAAUGCAAGAGAUGAAUAAGAAAACAAAGAAGCCGCUGGCAAACGAAGAUUCCAAGAAGAAGGAGCGCCACAUUGUUACGUGGACUCAAGAGGAGGAUGAUAUACUCCGCGAGCAAAUUAGCCUUCAUGGAACGGAAAACAGUUGGGCGAUUAUUGCAUCCAAAUUCGGGGAUAAAACAACGAGGCAGUGCAGAAGAAGGUGGUACACAUACUUGAAUUCUGAUUUCAAGAAAGGGGGUUGGUCGCCGGAGGAAGACAUCCUCUUAUGCGAGGCUCAAAAGAUAUUUGGUAACAGAUGGACAGAAAUAGCGAAGGUGGUUUCAGGCAGAACGGAUAAUGCUGUGAAAAACCGUUUCUCCACCCUGUGCAAGAAGAGAGCAAAGUAUGAAGCCCUAGCAAAAGAGAAUGCUUGUUCAUAUAUCAAUUCAAACAACAAGAGGGUUAUACCCCAAAAUGGGUUCAACACAGAUGGAGUUUCAGAGACUGCAGCACCUAUAAAGAAGAUGAGGAGGACCUACAUCCCUGAUCUCACAGAAAAUUACAACUUAAGAGACAGAUCACAUAAACAAUGUGGAACGACGAAUCAGGAGCUGAGACCUCCUUUUGCUGUGCUGGUUCAGAACAUCCGCAAUGUUAAUAACUUGCCAGCAGAACAUCAAGUCAACAAUGCCAAGGAUGCAGAUCAGAAUGACAAGAUUCAGAGUACAUUUCUCAAAAAAGAUGACCCAAAGAUAAUCGCUUUGAUGCAACAAGCAGAAUUGCUCAGCUCACUUGCUCUAAAAGUUAAUACAGAGAAUACAGACCAUAGUUUUGAAAAUGCUUGGAAGGUUCUUCAAGAUUUCCUGAAUAGAAGUAAAGAAAGUGACAUCCUCAAUUAUAGAAUCCCCGAUAUUGAUCUUCAUCUUGAAGACAUCAAAGAUUUGGUAGAGGACUUGAGGAGUAGUGAUGAGGAAAGCCAACCAUCGUGGAGGGAACCUGAUCUGUAUGAGGAGUCUCCUGGCAGCUCUGAAUACAGUACAGGAUCGACUCUUCUGUCACAUGCGGCCGAAAACAAAAUGGAACAACCACAAGCUGACAUAGGUUCACUGCAUCAGGAUAUCACUAGGUCGCAAUCAAUUCAUAUUGGAGAACAAAAGGAUGUUGGUGAAUGCCAAAAGGGGAUGAUUUCUGAUGCAACCACAAAGCAAGGGAUUUUCAUGUCUUGUGAUGAACGACCAAUUAAUGACGGAGUUGUUUCUGCCUCAUCAAUUACAGAGUUUGGUUCCCCUCUCCAAGUAACCCCACUAUUCAGAUCAUUAGCAGCAGGAAUCCCCAGCCCAAAAUUUUCAGAAAGUGAAAGGAGCUUCCUACUAAAAACACUUGGAAUGGAGUCCCCUUGCCCCGACCCAAGUACCAAUCCUUCACAACCACCAUCCUGCAAAAGAGCCCUCCUCCAUAGUUUAUAAUCAGCAUCUCUAAUAUACCUCCCAAUAGAAAUUCUACAUGGUCCAGGUCCAUUGUUGAGUUCUUGCCUUCUCAUUUGAUUUCAGUUUCCUAGGAUUGCAGCCAUUUCGGCCUUGAAUUUUACAUAGGCAUGUUGAGACCUGCAUUCCAAAACCCCCAGAUCUAGAAUGUUAUGGCGCAUUCUGCCAUUCCCCAACACAUCUAACGUGUUCUGCAUUUUUUGUUCCCCACCAGAUUUACUACCUUGAUAUACUCACAUAAACCCAGUGUGCUCGGUGUGCCAUUUUUUUGUUUUUUCUUCUCGUUUUAUAUGGUUUUGGGUGUUCCAGUUUUUGGUCUUGAUUUAUGAUCUGUACAGAACCUGUUAUAUAAUCCUUAGUCAUUGAGGGUGUAAGUAUAUAUCGGCAGCUCGCCUAUAUAUGAUGAAAGAUAUAGAGGAAAAAAGAAAGGAAGAUUAACCAGUUGAAAUGGAUUCCCUUUUUGUUGUUUUUGGGUGUGCAAAGGGUAUAGAAUAAGGCUUUAUUUUUUUUUUCUUUGUAAUUUUUUCACCUGAUUUCUGAUGUAAUGAAACUUAGUGUGAAUGGAUUGGAAAUUCUGGUUUUGGUGUGCA